UUCAUAUCACCACAAUUCAAGAGAAAUUAAUAUAAUUUAUACUUAAAAAUACAAAUUAUAAUAUUAUAUUAACACUUAAUGUUGUAACAAAUGGACAAUGUCACGAUGGUGUAUUAAUUUUGUCUUAUUUAUUAAUAAUACAGUGUAAAUUAUACCCACCACUAUUGUUGUAGUGUUUAGGAAAUUACUGUUUCCCAUAUUCUAAGUGUUAAGCAACAUUGAAUUGUCAUUUAAAUUUUCUUUUAAAAAUGGAGAUUUCAAUGGCUUCAACUGACAGCGUUAAAGUGUUGGUUGUUGGAGAUUCGGGUGUUGGCAAAACUUGUUUAGUGAAUCUCAUGUGUAAGAAUAAUGUUGUAAAAAAUCCUAAAUGGACUGUUGGAGUAACAGUUGAAAUAAAACUAUACAAAUAUAUGGAAGGAACACCUAGACAACGCAAUUGUUUUAUAGAAAUGUGGGAUAUUGGAGGAAGUUCUAAUCAUAAAAAUACUAGAUAUAUAUUUUACAAUGCUAUUCAUGGUAUUAUUUUAGUAUAUGAUUUAACUAACCUUAAAUCUAGUGAAAAUUUACAUAAGUGGUUGGCAGAAAUUUUGAAUAAGGAUAAUAACUCAAAAUAUAAAUGUACUGAUGGAUUUGAUAUGGAACAAUUGGUUGGCUCAAACAGAGUACCUAUUUUAGUCUGUGGUACCAAGUUGGAUAUGGCUCCAGAACGUGGUAAGAAGUCACCUUCCACUGUCGCUGCAGAAUGCGGUGCUGAUGAAAUACUAAUUAAUUGUCAUGAUUCAAAAUCAUUUGAACCAAGCAGAGUUGCAACAUCAAAGUUUAAUAAUUUUCUAGAUAGAGUAAUACAAACAAAAUAUCCAAUCAGUAACUCAAGUCCAUUUAGUCAAGGCCUUUACUCAAGACAACAUCAAUACCAAUCAUCCAAAACUCCACAGUACCCAGUUACUAGACAAAUAAUUUAUGAUGGUUCGCCUACAAUUAGUAAAAAUACAUUUUUCAAUAAUAAAACAAUACAUAAAGACUGAAUCAUUUAUAAUAUACAUUUAAUACAAUUA